AAUGUAUAGUGUUGAAUGGCAUGGAUUUUAAAAAUAAACACUAUAGAAUCAGACAACAGAGAAGUGAGAUAAGGAAAUGUUGCUGAAAUUAAAAGUUUUAAGGUUUUCUGAACAUCUUUAGUACCCCCAGCAUUACUGAAAGUGAUAUUCAGCAGCCUAUCCUGCAUUUUUAUGAAGGAUGCAGGGUUUUCCACCUGCAAUUUUGUUUGAAUAUAUAGCCUAGCAUAGUGCUGACUAGAGAACUGAUUGUUCUUUAGGGGCUCACAUGAAAUGAGCGGGGAUACUUUUCUGGCUCCCGACAGUCAAAAGUCCACAGCACAGUUAUUAUUUACCCAGUGAGCAGCAUACACCAGUGUCUUCACUCUGGAUGCCAACUACUGAAUUUAGCCUUCUGGACUCUGAUGCCAGCGUAGCCAGUUUUGAACUCUGCAGAACUGGAAAAAGCUGUGUUUUUUGCAGUGAUGCUGCUGGCAAACCUCUCUUCACAGUUUCUCUUAGUUCAUCUGCAAGAUAGUUCUCACCAUUACCAUAAAGAUGAGAGAAUAAACUUCUGUAUGAUUCCUGUAAUGUAAAGUGUUACGAUUUGAAAAAGCGCUCUGAAAUGGGUGACAGAUACACACACUUAGCUUGAAGCCCUGAAAAGUUUCAGACAAGACUUCUGGGCAGUCUGAAGAGGCUCAGGGUUACAGGGUUUAUCAGUGCAAAAGCCUCUCUGCCAUUUGGGGAGGCCUCGUCAUCAUCCCGGGGCCCAGAGGUCACCCCCUCAGUAGGUUCUGGGUGUGAGGAUGGGCACUUAAUGUGCUUUUUACAGAAUCACAGGACCAAUUAGGUUGGAAAAGACUCUGAGAUCACAGAGUCCAACCUAUGAUUGAACAUCCCACGUCAACUACACCAUGGCACUCAGUGCCUCCUCAGUGCUGCAUCCAGUCUCUUCUUAAAUACCUUCAGGGACAGUAACUCCACCACCGCCCUGGGCAGUCCAUUCCAAUAUCUAAUCACCACUACUGUCACGAAAUUCUUCCUGAUGUCAAACCUAAAUCUCCCCUGGUGUUGCUUAAAACUAAGUCCUCUCAUUUUGUCACUGGUUACUGGGGACAAGAGACUGACCCCGACCUACAACUUCCUUUCAGGGAGCUGUAGAAAGUGAUGUGGCUCCCCAUGAGCCUCCUUUUUCCUAGGCUAAAUGCGCCCAGUUCCCUCAGCUGAUCCUCGCAGGACUUGUGCUCCAGACCCUCACCAGUCCUGACGCAUCUCCAGAGCAACGCGUUAAACGACAGACAACCCCCGCUCCAGCUAAACGAUAACGACGUGUGUGACUCGGACCUCCAGAAAACUCAGUCGCAGUUCGGCCGGGUGACUUUCUCAGGGAUGAUUCGGCACACGGCGGGUUUCCGUCGGGAGGAGGAGGAGGAGGAAAAGCAGCCCCGCUCGGUCAGGCCCCUGCCUGCAGCCCGGGCUCGGCGGGCGCCGCCGGCCUCCCCGGCCUCGUGGGCGGGCGCGGGGGCGGCCCCUUCCCGCCCGGCCUCCUCCGGGCCCGCCGCUUCCCCCACAGCUCCGGGCCCGGCUCCGCCAUGGGCGCCGCUGGCUGCUCCCGGCUGCUGCUGCCGGUGCUGCUGCUCCUGGGGCCGUGGGGGCCGCGCGUCUCGGGGGAGCUCCGCUCGCGGCGGUGGCCGGUGCCCUACAGGCGCUUUGAUUACCGUCCAAAAACCGAUCCUUACUGCCAAGCUCGUUACACCUUCUGUCCCACUGGCUCUGCCAUUCCAGUUAUGAAAGAAGAGGAUGUCAUUGAAGUGUAUCGAUUACAGGCUCCAGUAUGGGAAUUCAAGUACGGGGACCUACUAGGACAUUUGAAAAUUAUGCAUGAUGCUGUGGGUUUCAAGAGCUCUCUAACAGGCAAAAACUACACAAUGGAGUGGUAUGAGCUCUUCCAGCUUGGGAACUGCACAUUUCCACAUUUGCGGCCUGGCAUGGAGGCACCAUUCUGGUGUAACCAGGGAGCUGCCUGCUUUUAUGAAGGAAUAGAUGAUGCACACUGGAAGGCAAAUGGAACUUUAGUUCUUGUGACCACAAUAUCAGGAACCAUGUUUAAUGAAAUGGCACAAUGGGUAAAAUAUGACAAUGAGACUGGCAUUUACUAUGAGACCUGGACAGUUCAAGCAAGUCCUGACAGAAAGUCAACAGUGUGGUUUGACUCUUAUGAGUGCUCCAAGUUUAUACUGAGAACGUACCAGAAGCUAGCUGACUUAGGAGCUGUAUUUAAGAAGAUACAAACAAACUACACAAGCAUAAUUUUAUUCAGUGGAGAACCUAUUUAUUUGGGGAAUGAAACAUCUAUUUUUGGACCACAAGGAAACAAGACACUGGCAGCAGCUAUAAGAGACUUUUACAAUCCAUUUAAACCUCAUCAGAGUGUCAGAGAGUUUUUUGUGGAUCUUUUCAAAAUAAUUGAUCAUGUUAUCUUGAAUCAUCAGUUUUACCUCUUCUACAACUUGGAAUACUGGUUUUUACCUAUGAAGUCCCCUUAUCUCAAAAUAGUUUAUGAAGAAGUCCCUUUGCCUGUUGGAAGCAAAGCAUCCUGUGGUGUAUGACUGCCUACUGAAGAACAAAACUUGCCUCUAUGGCAAAAUAUUCUGAAGGAUUUUGGAGUGCUACCAUGAUGGUUUUAAAGGGUUGUAUGUUUCACUGCUGACUGUAAAAAAAUGUGUUGGGAAGGCUUUGCUGUACCAGGUGAAAGACUCUGCAUUUGUUUUCUUAACUACCUAUGUAGCACAUUCAUGAGCACUUCAGCAUCUCUGACCUGUGUAACCCUGGCCUCCUGCUGCCUGAAGGGAGACUGCAGUGGCUCCUCUGGCUGAGCUCUGCAGUGCCAGAGGGGGAAGGGGGAGGCAGCUGCUUGCUCUUGGCUCAGGUACUCUUCACAUGCAUGGCCACAUGGCAGCAGAUGGCACCUGGCCACCGGCAGAGGUGGGACACAAGUGACAAGGACUAAUUCACUCAACAUGAAUGUUUGGAUGUGUCCAGUUCCUUCAACAUGUGCCUUACACUGAUGUUCCUGUAGUUCUUUGGUUUGUACAGCUGGGACCUAUGAACUAUUCUCUGAUAUUCUGGGGCAGUGAAUGUACUGGAGGAUGGCAAGGGUGAUGCUUUUUCACCACUUUUCUUCCUUCAGCUGCACUGUAAACACAAUACAGAUGGCUCUUCUUCAGUUUCAUGUGUUUUGUGGCAGAGAUAAAAGCCAAACUGCCUGCCUUGA